AUGAAAUACUUAGCUGCUUACUUGUUGUUAGUUCAAGGUGGUAACGCCACUCCAUCAGCUUCUGAUAUCAGCGCUGUCUUGGAAACUGUUGGUGUUGAAGCCGAAGAAUCCAGAUUACAAGCUUUAUUGAAAGAUUUGGAAGGUAAAGAUUUGCAAGAAUUGAUUGCUGAAGGUAACACCAAAUUAGCUUCUGUCCCAACCGGUGGUGCUGCUGCUGGUGGUGCUUCCGGUUCUGCUGGUGCCGCUUCUGGUGCCGCUGCUGAAGCUGAAGAAGAAAAAGAAGAAGAAGCUAAAGAAGAAUCUGAUGAUGAUAUGGGUUUCGGUUUAUUCGAUUAG